AUGAAUGCUCAAGAUAUUGUGAAUCUUUUUGCGACAUCAUUAAGCCCCGAUCCAAAUGUUCGAAAAGCUGGAGAGAUCGAAAUUAGACGCAUUGGCGGUCAGGAAGGUGCCCUGACUGCCCUCAUGCAAGUCAUAGGAAAUCAGCAUGUUGAUAUCGCUGUCCGACAGGCGACUUCAGUUUUCUUGAAAAACCGAAUCAUUCGCGCCUGGUAUAUUGAUCCUGAUAUCCCUAAACCCGAUACAGCUCCCAUCGCCGAUUCUGAUCGGGUUUUUGUCAAGCAAAACAUCUUGUCGCUUCUUGUUGCUGCGCAAUCACGACCUUCGCAAGUCCAGCUCGCCGCUGCCUUCAAGGCGAUUUUGACUCACGACUUUCCCGACAAAUGGCCUGGAAUCGUUGAUGAUGUACUUGCUCUCUUACAGAGUGGGAAUAGUGCCUCUGUGUAUGGCGCUUGCAUCGCCUUGUUGGAAGUAAUUAGGUCAACCCGAUUCCGCACCGAUCGUAAGAUUAUGCAUGGAAUUGUCGAGAAAACCUUUCCAACCCUGGUACAAGUGGGUACCGAGAUUGGGAACCAUUUCACACCCGAAAAUGCUGAGGGGAUGCACAUCAUCCUCAAAUCUUACAAAGCUUCCACUCAAACAUCCCUUUCUCCUCACCAACAAUCCCCAGAAUCGAUCAUGCCAUGGGGUAAGCUAUUCUUUCAGAUUAUCAACGCCAGGCUUGUCGCUCCCCUACCCGGAACUCCGUACGAAUGGGAAACCUCGGGAUGGUGGAAGGCCAAGAAGUGGGCGUUCAACACCCUGGACCGUUUGUUCGACCGCUAUGGAAGCCCGUCUCAGUUGCCCGAAGCGUUCAAGAAGGACGUUAAGGCUUUCGCCGAACAAUUUGUUACUUCAUUUGCACCUGAAAUUUUCAAAGUAUAUCUACAACAAGUCGAAUCAUACGCUAAGGGAGAGCAGUGGCUCAGUGCUAAGUGCAAGAUAGCCAUUCUGCGUUUCUUCACUGCCUGUGUAAAGCCCAGAGCCACGUGGGACUUCCUCAAACCUCAUGUCCAGACUCUUGUUGCCUCAUUCGUCUUCCCUGAGCUUAAAUUUACUCAAGAACGCCAUGAAUUAUGGCAAUCGGAUCCUUUGGAAUAUGUUCGCCGCAGCGUUGAGCUUGAUGACGCCGCUGAGCCAUCUGCCGCCGGAACAACCUUCUUAAUCCAGCUCGCUCGAAGUAGGGGCAAGUCCACCUUCAUGACACUUCUCAGCCUCAUCAAUAACGUUCUCAGCGGUAAUGCACCGGAGGACCAGAGAUAUGGUGCUCUUAUCAUGACUUCUUCGCUUAGUGGCGUUAUCAUGCGCCAUCCAACUGUCAAGAACGAAAUGGAGCAAUUCUGCGUGAAAUUCGUCCUCCCCGGUCUUUCUUCCGACCAUGGAUUCAUUCGUGAGUCUGCUGCCGAGGUUCUUGGGGGUCUCGAAAGAUUUGGCUUGGUGUGGUCAAAUCCUGCUAAUUUGGAGGCCCACUACCUCGCCAUUGGGAAGGUUAUCGAGGAUCCGGACCUUCCAGUCCGCAUCCCUGCUGUCAUAUGCCUUACUCAUAUGUUGCGGCAUGAUUUAGUGAAGACCGCCCUGAUACCUAAUAUUGAUAAGGUUAUGCAAAUUUUAUUCUCACUUUCCGAUGAAACAGACCUAGAUGUCACUACCGAGGCUUUGGAGACCUUCAUCGAUAACUUCCAGCCCCAACUGGCCCCUGCGGCAGUCCAAAUUAUUACUCGCCUGGCUCAAUCUUACGUGCGUGUGAUGGGAGAAUACGUAGCAAUUCAGGAGAGUUCCUUGCGAGAUGAUCUCGCCUCCAGCAUAGCCGUCGAGGACGACAAGACGAUGGCAUUGACUGGCAUUGCACGGGCAAUUGAGACUGUUUUGGAUUCUCUUGAUGCUCUCGAAGAUUCGAAGGAGAUUGUGGCUAACUGCCAAGAAGUCGUUAUUCCUAUCAUUAAUCUCACUUUGGAAAAGCAGGUCGUCGAGGCGUUUGACUCCGUGUUUUCCCUUGUGGACACCUUCACUUUCACACUGCGUCAGAUUACUCCAAACAUGUGGAGUGUCUUUGAGCAUAUAUACAAGGUGUUCAAGGAAGUUGCUAUUGACUACCUUGAUGAAAUGAUUCCUGGGUUGGAUAAUUUUAUCGAUUUCGGCAAAGACGUUUUCGCUCAAUCACCUGAGUACCGGCGCAUGGUGAUUGAUGUCUUCGUAAGCGCAUUAACUCAUCCCUCACUUGGGGACGCCGAUCAUGUUCAUGGAUGUGCUCUGGGGGAAUGUAUCCUCCUCAAUAUGAGAGGUCACAUUGACCAGGAAUUGGAGGGCAUAAUCAAAUCUGCAAUCGAUAUAUUCAGCAAGAAUAUCGACCUUCCUGCUCUUCGGGUCGGCGCUCUGAACCUACUCGUGAAUACCAUUCUCUACAAUCCCCCUCUCGCCCUACGUAUAAUGGACGCGAAUCACCCCGGUUUUGCUGCUACAUUCUUCACCAAGUGGUUCGAGGCGAUCAAAAAGGGGAACCUGGGCCUACCUCGUGUUCAUGACAAACGCCUCAGCGUCAUAGCACUCUCAGAGUUGCUCCGGAUGAAUGCUGCAGAUGUACCAGCCUCAUUGCGAAGUGGAUGGCCGGGCAUCGUUGGCGCUGCACUCGCAAUUUUCAAGGACUUGCCGGCCGCUAUUGAGAGUAAGGCGCAUCGCUUCAGUCAAGUUGAGCCUGCUGACGCGGAAGAUGAAGGUUCGGUUCCAUGCAUCAGAUCUGCUCUGUCCAUUCUCACCACUCAUAUGGCAGAUGAUAAAGACGUUUGGGACGAUGAGGACCAGUACUUACAAAUGAUUGCGGAUGAGAAAGAACGCCUGGAUGGCAUAAGAGCCGCCAAUGCUGAAUCAUCCGUUGCUGAUGAUGUGGACGAUGUAGAUGGCUAUUCUAUUGCAGAUGAAGUUGAAGAAGAACUACACGUUGAGCGCUCCAUCGACGGAGUAAAUGCUUACAUCUCCUUUAAGAGUGCCCUAACCAGUUUCGAAACUGCUAACCCCGAAGCAUACGCAGCUGCCACAGCAUCCUUAACCGGGGAGGAGCAGACUAUACUCAUAGACGUGAUGACCAAGGCUCAAGAGGCUGAGGUAGCUAAGUCGACAAUCAAGAGCUAG